AUUGAAAAAUAUGUUUUAAGAUAACAACACAAUAUAUAAGAAUUAUCUUAUUUUUUAAAAAAGUUAAUAUUAUUAAUAAAAAUUCGUUUUUGAUGCUAUAAUUAAUUAUAUAUAAAAUUCAUUAAGGGUAUUAUAGAUAUUAAGCGCUCCAACUUUUAACGUGAGAGCUCCGUUGCAAAAACUUACUUCGCAAAUAAUAGCAUAGAUAGAUGCGCUAGACUCAUGAAGAUUUGCAUGUAAAUCUGUAUUGAAGGUCAACAAUUGCUAAGAGUUCAUUAAAAACAAUUCUUGAACUCAAGUCACAGAAUUCAAAUCAGCUAACUUUUGUUGUAGAGAUUGUAUAUGUCUCUAUCUUAACAUUCUAAAUUUCUUUGUGACUUAAACGAUUCAGACAAAUAUCAAGAACAAGUUUGAUAAGUUCACAAAACCCCUAAAUCAAAACUAUUUGCACAUAUGUAUUUUGCUGAUUUAAUUUUAGUUCAGAAAAUUGAUAACACUUUCAUGUUUACCAAUUAUUCUAAUUAGAUCUACUUUCAGGUUGUCAAACUAAAACUAACUUUAAAAGCAAUCUAGGUGACGAAUAUAAGAUUACUCUAUUAGUUCAAUCAAUCUAGCAAUUCAUCAACCCUAGACAAAUCCUAAAUCUACAAAUGAACUAUUCUGACAUGAUAGCAUAAAUGCAAAUCAUAUUAUAAAUAAACUGCAUUAAUAAAUAAAAGAGUUCAAAAAUAUAUUAUGACUAUUGAGGGACUUGUUUGCAAAAAAGUGGAAGGGUCAAUCUCCAAUUUCUUGAAACUUAAUAAAAAAUACAUCAGGUUUUCUUAGUCAUGAUGGGCGCCGACCAACACCAAGGGUGAUGUUAAUCGACACUAGCUUUAAAGUUUGAAUCCAGCUUGAUGUUUCAGCUCUAGUUUUUCUUAUGUUUUUAAAUGUUCCAAAAUCUGCAUUCCUGUCCAAAACGUAUUUGAACUUGCAAUGACUCAAUAAAGACUCAAAACAUACAUAAACUUUUGUAAACCAAAAUUAUAUCAAGGUUAAAACCCCAUAAAAUAAUGAUAUAUUUUGAGUAUACUAUAUAACUAGCUUAAGAUACGCGCAAUUGAGUGGGAUAAAUGUUAUAUAGAAAACUAAUUUUAUCUAUUAUUAUUUAUUUGUAUUCACUUACGUAUUAUGUAUAUAAUUAAAUUAUAGUAAAUACAUAAACCAAACCAAUACAUCUUGUUUAUUUACGAUAUUUGUUUUAGUAAAUAAAUCAAAACAAUCAUUUUAUUUAUUUUAUAUGGUUUAUAACUAAAUUUUAAUGACAUGGACAGAGAUAUAUAAUAUAUUUUAAUAUAAAUAUUUAUUAUUGAGAAUUCCUACUCAUAUGAUAAACAUAAAAUUUCUAAUGUGCGAUUUUUGAUGCAAAUUUCAAAAUUAAAAUAUUAAAGUUUUAAUACUUUUUCAAUACAAAUUUAGAAAUUAUCAUAUUUAAGUAUUUUUAUAUGUUAUAUAGUUUAAUUUUAAACUAUAUUAAUAUAUACUAUGAAUGUAUAGUAAAGAAGACUUCAUAUUUAUAUGAUUUAUGAUCAUUUGUAUCUUGUUAUUACCAAAAAAAGUUAAACCAUUGAUCACAAAAUUUUAGUUUGAGACAUUGAAUAUUUUUAGUAAUUUAUAGUCGUUUUAAAAAUUCAAAAUAUAACAUAUAAUUUUUUAAAAUUUUUUUAUUAUAUGAUUAAUAUUUUUAAUAUCUUUUAAUAAUAUAAAAUUUAACAAAAAGGACUAAUAUACAAAAAUCAUUAUCAAAUAUUUAUUAUUCAUAAUCAUUUAUUGUCAUAUAUACAUUAAUCACAUUAGGCAAUUCCGUAGAUUUUAUUUAAGAAAAGUGUGAAAAUAUUCUUUUGUACACUAUUUAUCAAUUUAAUAUUUAGUUUAAUAAAAAUAUAAUAUAAGUUAAGAUGAACUAACCUAUUUCUCUAAGAAUUUUAAAUCUCAUUUUCAUGUUAACUUAUGACUACAAAACAAUGUUGUAAUGUUUCUCAAUAUAUUGAUAGAAUUACGUAGUGGAGAAAUGUUUUGGCUUCGAUAAGAAGAUAAAGAAUAUGUUAAGUUGGUGGAAACAAAAUUCCUCAAACACCGAAAUACAUUAUACAUCAAUAUGGAAAGGAACCCAAACAUCAAUGCAUCUACUUGAUAUUGGGUGUAAACUUGUAUACUCGCUUUUCUCUCUUUUUAAUAUAACAGCGUGCGGGUAUAAAUUUUUUGUUUUUGGUUAUUUAUUUAACUAAAUCAUGUAUUUGAUAUUUGAUGUAUUAUAUUCACCAAAUAAAUAAUUUUUUUGCAUCUUAAACUAUCUAUUUAUGACGAAUAUUCGAUAUCAUAUAAAAAAUAGAACAAACAGACGUAAUUAGAAAAUUGUAGACGAUAUAUAAAAACAAUGGUGAUUAAUGUAAAAUAAGAAGAAAUAUUAUAUUGUGACUUAUUAUGGCAUCAAAGAUUCUAAAUUAGUUAUACAUGUUUAAAGAAAAUACAAUAAUUUUUAAACUUUUUUGAAAAAUUUAACAUAUAAAAAAGGAUGAUGAAUUAGUCAUCAAAUUGUAAAUAAUUUCAUAAUUUUAUUAAUAAUAAAUUAUUUGCAGUCUCUGUUUUUCGUCAAGAUAAGUAUUAAAUGUCCAUAACAUUAAUAUGUUAAAAUGCCAUAUUGUGAAAGCCCAUGUUGUAACCCUUUUUCGGGAAGUGUAACAAAAAAAAUUACAUUAACUCUUCAUUUUGUUUAAAUUCUGUGUCGGUAAAAGAUUAAAAAAAUCUUUCUUUCUUUUUUAAUGUUCAAUUUGAAGCUUAUUAUGCGAAAAUCAUACGCAAAUAUAGGCAAUUGGUUGGAAUCUCUAUAUCUUUGUAUUCUUACAAAUUUUAAAUUUAUUUUUUCCUCUUCUGCAAGCAAAUCAAUUACCGAAGUAAUAGAUCAAUGGGUUGUAAUCAAAUAUUCUUAUAAUUAGUGUAAUUAUGGUUACAGUUUCUAUAUUUAAUAAGUACAUUAAAGAUACAACAUUGAAGAUAUUAUGUUUUGAUUAAUAGAAGAUAUUGGAUUUUGAGUUUUAUUUAUUGAUUUGUUUUUUUAUAAAUCUUAAAAAAUCAAUAUGAUGAUUGGUUGGUUGAUACAUCCUAUAAGGAAAACGAAAACUAUAGAUGGUUUGAAUAUUAUACAACGAUCGAUGCAUGAUGUAAGUUGACUAUAUAAAACUUGAGCAUGAUCAUUUCAAACUAAAGUAUAUGAGGGUUAUAUGCAUUUGUUAUAUUGUAGUUAAUAUAUUUUAAAUAUUACAUACGUCAAGUGAUUCACGUUUUCGUAAAAAUAAAAUUCAAGUUCAUUAUUGGGCUAUACUCGUCAGUAAUAAGCUACGUUAAAUAUGAUGUAUUUUUAGGUUCAUUUAAUGAUAUUAAGUUUAAAUUUGAUUAAGAAAAAUUCAUUAAUUUAACUGAAAAAUACAAGCAUUAAAAUAUGUAGGUUCAUUUAAUGACAUUAAGUUUAAAUGUGAUUAAGGAAAACUCAAUAAUUUAAUUGAAAAAGACAAACAUUAAAAUAUGUCGUUUAAUUUAAUUCUCAGUGGCAUGAAAGUGUAAAUAAGUUAGAAAACUUAGGGAUAUUUUUUAAUGGGUACUUCUCUUUUAAUAAUAUAGAUUAUGGCUAAAAACAAAGACAUACUUUUUAUUAAAAAUAUUAAAAUCAAUUCAGUUAAUUACAUAGUUUCCAGUACUUAGAUUAAUUUGAAAAUUUUCAAUCUUUUUCUAUUUUAAAAAUUUAUUUAAAACAUUAUAUAUUUUGAACAUUAGAUAUAUAUCUUAACACAAUUUUAGAUGAUAAUUGUUUUACUUAUUCUUCUUUGAUCGGAUUCUAUAUUCUUAAAUCAUAUUUUUAUUUAUAGGGGAUUUACCAAAUAUGACUCAAAACUUGAUUUUGAUUACAAAAGUAUAUUCAAACUUGAAUCAAAUGAAAAAUUAACCCAAAAGCCUUGUGAAAUUACAGCCAGUCCCUUGUGACUAAACAAAAAAACAAAACUCAGUUUUACGAAUAUAUCUCCCUUAUGAGUCUACUGAGAUUAUGUUAAGUCUUCUCGACGACUUCCACAGAAGUAGUCUGGUAUAGUUUAUCUUAAAAAUAAUUUAUAAAUUUUGUAAAAAAUAUUUUGAUAAGGAAAAAAUUAAAAUCAUGUAAUUAUAAAAAGGUUUAAGUGAUAUAAAUUAAGAUAUAAUAAAAUUGAAUUGUUUUCAACAUAGAUGAGUGAAAGUAGUGAAUCAUGAUAUUCUUUGAUCUAGGGUUUGUCAACAUAUGUUAUAGUAUUGUAUGUAUUCUUAGGGUUAUAUUUUGGAAAGCUUAAAUGUUUUUUUGAAAAAUUAAAUUUUUAUCUACAUGUGAUUAUUUUUGUGUAUAGUAAACUCUUUUUAAGUUUAAUUUGAUUUGAUGAAGUGUUUAGUUAGUUAAUUUAGUUUAGGAGUUAUGUUUUGGGUCUAAACGACUAACAUAUAAGUCUUCUGGGAAAUCUUCUAACUCCCGCUAAAAAUAUUUUAGUUUCCCGUUAAAAAUAUUGAAGUCUUCUGGACGACUAGUAAAUCUUCUAAUCAAAAAUAUUUAACUUUAUUAGAAUUUUUGUUUCUAUAUAUAAUUUUUUUUUACACAUUCUCUCUCUUCCUCUCAAAUGGCAGCAACAGAAAUGGUAUUGUCCUCAUUCUAAAACUCUUCAACCUCUUUCAAAUCUCUUUGAACUCACAAAACUUUAAAUCAAUUUAUUGCUUUUGUCUCAUGCCUUUCUCACUAGUUUAUCUUGUUUUGCAGAUUUUUCAUCACAUGGUUCUCAUCUUCCACUCAUUUAAAGAUAGAUUUAUUAAUUUUAGAUAUGUAUUUUUUGUGUUCUAUAAAGGUAGAUCUAUCUAAUGUUCCACUCAUUUUCUCUGUUUUUAAGCCAUUUGAACAUUUUUGAAGAUGCAGGUUUUUCAAAUCUUGAUUUGGAUAUGCAGGGUUUUCAGAUGUGGAAGACUUCUGGGCUAGAAGACUUCCAGGAAGUUUUCCAAACGACUUCCAAGAAGUCUUAUGACGGAGUCUUCUCCCAUGUCUCCCUAUCAUAAUAGAUAUGAGGGUUUUGGUAAGUUCAUUUUUCUUCAUUUGGUAACCUCAUGUUGCAUAAAAUUCAUAUUUUUUCCAAAGUAACACUCUCCAAACCCACUCUAAUCUCUUUGACUUGAAAACACUAAAUUUGAUAUGAAUUUUUCAUUUUUGUCUCAUGUCUUUCUCAUUAAUCUAUCUUUUUGUUGCAGGUUUUAAUCAGAAGGUUCUCAUCUUCCACUUGGAUAUGUACUUUGUGUAUUCUAUAAAAGUAUGUCUAUCUAAUUUUCCACUCAGUUUCUCUGUUUUUAAGCUAUUUGAACGUUUUUGAUAUGAUAUGUAGGUUUUACAGAUAUGAGUUUGAUAUACAUGUUUUUCAGAUCUGGAUCAGACUAUGGAAGACCUAUGGAAAGUAUUCUCGGAAGUCUUCUAAAAUAUAAUGUGCUACAAGACUUUCAGAAAGUUUUCCAGACGACUUCCAGGAAGUCUUCCAGACGAGUUCCAUGAAGUCUUCUGACGAUAUCUUCUUUCAUAUCAAUUGGAGUCUAAGCUUGUCUUUGUAGAGAAAUGAUCUACAAUAGUUUUGAUUGUGGUUUGUUUUGUGAUUUGCAUGUAUACUCCUUUAGUUGUGAAUUUUUUUGUAAAUUUGAAGAGAUAUCAAUUAAAAAAUUUAGUUAAUAUGUUCAUAUUCCACGACAUUAUCUUGUCAAAAUUACUUGACAUAACUGAAGUUAUUGAUAUAACUUCAAUAACAAAACACAAUAACACAAAAAUUAAUCAAAUUUAUUACAACUAAGGGAGAAGAAUUCUCAAGAAAACUUAGUCAAAUUCACAAAAGACAAAACAUUAGAUAAGUUCAAAGCUAGAACACUUUCAUUAGAUACAUAUGUAAAAAAUCUGAUAAUACACAUUAAACCAUGUUACUUGAUAUUCUUGAAGUUACUUGACACUUUUGAAAAUUAAAUAAACACAUCUUAAAAUUACUUAACAAAUUCACAAAAACUAACAUAGAAGACUUCUUAGUUAGAAACUUUACUAAGCAUGAAUGUUGGUAACCUUAAUAAAUAUCACCAAUUAAGUUAUAAAUUUCAUUCAGUACCCCAAUAUUGACUAAUAUACAUGAAUUAACAAAAAAAACUAAAAAGUCUUUAUAGUUUUAGAGAAAAUGAAAGUUUAUUAAACAUUAACGCAGACGACUUCCAUUGAGGUCGUCUAGUAGACUUCUAGAAAGUGGUCCAUUUAGGUUAAUUUUGCAAUUGAUUUUUAACCUAGACGACUUACAUGGAAGUCGUUCAUCUUUGUUUAUUAAAAAAAAAAAUCGAGAUGACAUCCAUGUAAGUCGUUUAGGGAAAAUAGGUUUUUAUUUAACCGGAUUGUGUCAGAAAUUAAUAUUUUGUUAUACCUUGACGACUUCCAUGUAAGUCGUCUCAUGUAAGUUUUGUAAUUGAAAAAUAAAACAAAAAAAUUAUUUUUUUCUAGACAACUUACACGGAAGUUGUCCGUCCGACGACUUAUAUGGAAGUCGUCCAAGAUAAGCGAAGUUUGACCAGAAUCUCGGAAUAAAAUCAUGGACGACUUUCGUGGAAGUCAUCUGAUAUACGACUUCUGUGGCUAAGUCGUCUAGACAAAAAUAUUUUUUUCUAAAAAAAGUCAAAAUUCUGACACAAUUCGGUCAAAUGCAAAACUAACCCGUUUACCUUAGACGACUUACAUGGAAGUCGUCUCGAUUUUUUUUAACAAAAAAAGAUGGACGACUUCCAUGUAAGUCGUCUAGAAAGACACAUUUAAAGGUCAAUUACAAAAUUAACCUCUGCACUGACCAGAAGACUUCCAUGUAAGUCGUCUACAGCCAGAAACUAAAGAGAUGUUGUUUUUGGUUCAUAAGAAUUGAGAAAAAAUGAGUGUAAAUUGAUUUUUAGGUGCAUUAAUAGCUUUAAAUUGGUUGUUCAUGGUGGUUGGUGUAUUGAUGACAAUAACAAUAUUGUGAAUACUUGAAAAAGAUGAGGGUGAUAGAGUAAAAUAUAUAUUUUCAAAAAAAAAAUUAAUUGUAUUUUCGUGAAUAAUCUGAACUUUGGGGUGAAAGAGACAAGUCAAAAUUUCCAAAAAAAACAUGGAUUAGUUUGUGUUUGACUUUAAGUUUUGAGUCAUAUUCGAAAAAGAAAAACCCUUUAUUUAUAAUUACUGAAAUCAAAUACUAUUUUAAAAUUACUUCACAUCCACAAUAAAAUAAUAACGAAUAAAAAACUCAUAUUUGGUAAACAGGUGUUAACUCGUCUCAACCUUCAUUGUUAAUAUUAUAAAUUUAUUUAUAAUAGAAGCCCAGACAUGUUUUUUUCUGGAUUUACUGUCUUUAUUGAAUAAUUGGUUUACAACCACUACUUUUCAAAACAAAAUUACAGUAUCUUCUUUUCCACAAGAUUUCGAAACAAAUUCGAUAUCCCCGUACUCUGAUGAUUUCCAUCCGUGCAUUAUUAAAUGCGUUGUCGGAACACACAUGACUUCGUAAGCUGACUUAGCUUAUAUAUGGAGUCAACUGCACACUCUAGUCUAGGCGAGAAAAGAAAGAAUAUAUACCCUUUUUUUUAGAGAGAAGGCAUCAGACCCUUUGAGUUAAUCUAAUAUAGCAUACUUUUUUUUCUUUUUGUAAAUGUUAAAUUUUAUACCAAUUUUUUUGUGACAGAAGUUACGUAGAACAUAAGUAGCGAAAUGAAAAAAAUAUAAAUCUAAAGCAACACCAGAAAGGAAAUUGAAGCAAACCCAACUCGAACAUCGGUUACUACCAUAUUUAACAAAAGGUUUAUUAGCUUGGACAAAGUCGAAACUUGACACAGAAAGCAUUGCUGCAUGGGAAGGAAACCUUUGAUAACCUAUGAGACCACGCUUUGGUAUAAUUUGGCUUGUCCGCAGUGCUGCUCCAAUGAUUGGUUUCUAUCCACACGCAGCUUUGCCAUCCUAGUCGCUGCAGCUCGAGCCUCGAACAACCACCGGUAGUGGAGAGCAUGAGCUCCUAGAGCUUUGAUCAUCUGACUGCCCCCAACAAACCUUUAGAGCGCCUUCAGGAAUAUCGAACAACAAUUGAAGUCCACACUUAUUGGACUCGACUUCGGAAGUAGUUGCGAGCCAUAGCAUAAAACCGGGAGUGGUGAGGACCACAUCCUGAUGACGGUCAUCCCUCCUACAAACAGACCGAGGAUCAGCCCACCUAAGCGAUCCAAGCGAGCCACAAAGGUGCUGGGAAGACCAAAUCUAAUAGCAUACUUAGUAAUUAAACAAUAUAGCAAUGAGACUAGGCACGUUGCGAAAACAGAUAUAUAAAAUUACUAUGAUUAUUAUAAUUAUUAAUUAUCAACCAUCACGGUUUUGCCAAAGAAAUUUUUAGAAAAUAUAUUAUAAAUAUUUCCAGGCUAAAAUUAGUUUAUUGUUUCUUGUUGUUGAGAAGUACUAAGUGAGCGUUUUUUCCACAAGUUCUGCAACGUCACGUAAAUGACGUCCCACAAUGUGAUGCAUGCAUGCAGAAUGUAUCCAACAGAACCAAUAGGAUUUCAAGUUUGAUUUUGAUAAUAUGGCGAUUUACCGGCUGUUCAAGAAAAAAAACACACUAUAUGCACCACAAUCACAGCAAAGGUUUGAAAAUAUCCUGGCAAAUCUAUCUCGAAUUGAUACAAAUGAGCUGUGGGUAUAUAUAAUACACAUACGAUUUAAUUAUUACAACAAAAACUAUUUCAGAUACAAAUUUACUUCCGAUUUAAUACAUGCUGGUAUGACGAUGAAAGUGUGGAUAUCGAUAUUGUUGUAGGACGUUGAGUUGUUCUUCCUCCAAAUUGGACAUAAAAUUCUAGCCUUUCAUGUUGUGAGAAGACUAUUCGUAUUCUUGACGCAUAAAUUAAAAUUGGAAAUCAUUUUAAUGCAUUUUUCCACAUCAUUGGUAAAGCCAAAAAGCGCAAUGGAAAUAGCUAUCAUGAUUAUGCCCAAGUGAAUUAAUUCCAGUACAGUACGUAAGUACAUGUGUACCACAACAUAAACACAUGUGGUUGUCUUUCUCAUAAAAUGAUACUCAUAUAACCCAUAAGUAUAUUUAAGAAUAGGAUUCUAUGAUAUAGAAAUAAUUAAUGGUUUAAAAUUGUUUGGGCUUGCGUUGCGCUUGGAAGAUCUUGAUUCCUCUCACUCUCAGCAGGGAAAAUAUCUAAUUAUGCGUCGUUGAUUUGCAUCUUUUUCAGAUUCCAUUUCAUUGAAAAAUACGAUUUUCCUUGAGUUUAUGUCGUCCCUCUCGUGAAUUAAAAAUAGGAAAGUACGUAUUUUAGUUUCUUAUGUAUAUUCUAAUUUUAGUCAAAAGCAAGUUCCUUAAUUUCCUUUACCUUAAAGUAACGAUAAAUAUUCAAAUGGGUUGAAUGAUUCUUAGUGAAAUUGGUGAAAAGCCAACCUAGACAAAUCUCUCAUAUAUUUUGCUACUAAGUGAUUUCCCGUGCCUAUGCAUGAGUACAAAUAUUUUCAUAAUAAUUAAACAAUAAAAGAGAUAGCUAUUUUUUCGUUUGUUAAUAAGAUUUAAAUUAUUUUGUAAUUUAUAUAUAUAAUAAAAUAUUAUGUAUCAUUAUUUUCCGAUAUUAAUUAAUUAUGUCAUUUUACAGAUAAUAAAUUGUUAUUAUUUCAAAUAUUUAUUUUUGAUAUGUUACAUUAUAUUUUAUUAUUUGAAAUUAAAUACAAUUUUUUGUUAUGUUAAAAUAAGAUUAUUAUUUUUAAAUUCAUGUAGUUCAAUUUAUCCUCUUAUAUUUGCAAACUUUUGUAUAAAUUCGUAUAUAUUAUUCGUAUAUAUUGUUCUACAAAAAAUAGGAAACAGAAAUAUUAAAUCAGUGUUGCAUUAAUAAACAUAACUUGUAAUAUUUUGAAAAUUCAUACACACUAAAUCAUAAUAAUUGGUUGAUUUGAUUGUUUAUUAAGAAGGGCUGGUUAUUAAAUUUUAGUAUUUCGUAUUAUAUCAGAUUUUUUUUUAAAUGAAUCACAAUUUUUUUUGUCGGGGAUUUAUUUAGAUAUUACAAUUAUGAGAAAGAUUACAAAGACGAUUCGAUAACCGACAAUACUACAUGUCUUAUGAGGAUCAUAAUCAUAACUGCAUCAUUUGAGCCGUUCUAUAAAGAUAACGUCUGGCCGGAUUUAAUUGCACCAUGUUGAGAAAUCCUUGUAAGCCUUUCUUCCGUAAUCGCAUAAUUGUUGAAUAAAUCGAUUGCUCCGGGAAUUGAAACCUAGAUUUUCUGUGUAAUCUGCAAGAAAUUGCAUAGUCUGAGAUUUGAAUCCCAGACCUGGGUGUAGAAGCCUUUAAACCAUAACCACUAGGCUACGGUGCUUCCACAAAAUGAUCAAGAACAACACAAACCACUAAGCUAACGUGAAACUUUCACAAUUUUUUUGUUUACAAUUAUACUAAAAUAAGAACCUCUUGUUAAUUAGUUUUUGUCUACUUUUAUUUUAGUAUGAAUAAAUAUUUUGUAAUAUUAAGUAUAAUGUAUGUUAUUUUCGAAUUUUUAAAAAGAAAUUGAAAUGCUGAUAAUUUUUUUUAUAAAAAUUCAAAUCAUUAAAUCAAAAAUAUAUAGAUCAUAAAAAAAUUAUUUAUCUUGUUGCAGCCUUACAUUUUUAAAAAUAUUUAUUUGGUGGUACAAUAAUCAUAAGAUAUAUUAUUAUUUUCUAAAAAAAAGAUAUUAAAUAAUCAUUUAUGUUGUUUAAAAUUAUUUUCUUAUUAUUUAUUUGAUCAAAAAUAUAGAUUUAUAAUAAACAUACUAUUACCUUUUAGAAAAUAAGGUCUAAAUUAUUUUAUUUUGAUUUUUUUGUGAAGUUAUGUUUUAUAUAUGUUUAUAAGUAUAUAUUUAAAAAAUUAUAGAUUUUUUUUCUUGUUGUAUGAAACAGAAAAUUAAUAAAACUUAAAUUCGUUUUGUAUAAAAAUGGGAAAUUGCCACAAAUAACACAUUCAUAGUAUCACUUUUCAUGUUACACUAACCACUUUUACCCUCACUUUUAAUUAAAGAUAAAAGACAAUUAUACCCUUAGGGUUAACUAAUAUAAACUUAGGGUUUAUAGUUCAGGGGUGGGAUAUGGUUUUUGGAAUGUGAAAUUUAGGAUUCUAAUACAUAUAUAAAUAAAUACUUAAAAAAUAUAUAAAUUUUUUUUAAAAAUAGUGUCAAACAUAAUUUUCGUUUUUCAAAAAGAAAUUUGAAAAUAAAAUAAAAAAAAUUUCAAAAAAAAAAUUAUAAAAAAAUCGAAUUUGAAAAAGUAUAAUUCGAAAACAUAAAAAAUAAUUUUACUCUUUUUUUUAUUAUUAUUUUUUUUUUUUUUAAAUAAUGAUUUAUUAUAUAUAUAAAUAACAAGAGCAUAAUAGUCUUUUGCCACAUAAUGAAUAAGAUAUUUUUGAAAAUCUCUCUUUAGUGGUGGUAAAAAUGAAAAGUGUUACCAUAAAAGUGGUAAGCAUGUAAUUUCCCCUGUAAAAAUCUGUGUUUAUGUUUUUGUAAAUCUUGCCUUUUUAAUAUUUUACUAAAAAAAAAAAAAAUCAAAAUUUCAUUAAGAAAAAGGAAACAUAAAAUUGUUAUUGAUGGCAAUCGGAAAUAACUUUUUUUAAUUCAUUAAGGAUCUCUAUGUAAUUAACCGUUAUGAGAAUUAACUUGAAUGUGAUAUGUUGGAAAGUGACUUUUCAAAUAAUAUUAUAGAUUUUUUUUAUAAAAUAGAAAAUCUCUAUAAUAGAGAUAAUUUUGCUUUAAUAUAUUUCUCUAUAAUAGCACUAUUCAAUAUAUAGAGCAAAAAAUAAAAAUAACUAUUUCUUCCCUUAUAAAUAGAUGUAAAAUAUAUAGCAAUCUGCUAUUAUAGAAACAAAAAUAACUAUAAGUUGGAGAAACUCUUAGUUUCCAUCAUUUUUCCAAAUUAAAGUAUGUUUCCAAAAAAAAAUUAUCAUUUUAUUUUAUAGUAAUUGAAAUGUUUGAGCUCCCAAAGAAUCUUAUAAGAUAAUGGGGUCGAUUGGCAAAUGCUUUAGAAAUGUUGUAAGAUCUUUUUACAGCUUAAAUUAUUUCUACAGUCCCAAUUUUUGUCAAUCAUGUUUUGUAAAGAUUUUUUAAAGCUACAAAUUUUCUUUUCUUUUUAUUUAUUUUUAGCUGGAAAGCGAUAAAUCUAGAGCACUUAUUUUUUGCUUUAGAAAAUAUAUAUGUAAGCUAUUAAAUCUUUUUAAACCUAUAGUUGAUAUUCUAUAGCAAAAUUAUUUAUAGCCACAGCAAAAAAAAUAUCUACAGUUUUAUUUCUAAAACAAAAAUAUAAAGCUACGGCUCCUUCCAAUCAACCCCAGUAUUAAUUAACGACUACUUUGCUUACGGAUGUUUUAAUAAGAUCUAAGAGAUGAUUUUAUUUUUGUCUGGGCAAAUAUCAUCAUUUCUUUAGAAUACCAAAAUUGUUCCAACACAAGAAAAGUAUUUUGAUGUUAAUAAUCGUGAGUGUACUAGUCAUAAACUAAUAGUUACUUAAACGUAUGACUCCAACAACAAUGAAAAGUCGAGGUUGUCGAGCAUGAUCAAACUUUAUAUUUUACUAUGAUAUCAAUAUGAAAAUUUCACAGUAUGAAUUAAAUAUAUGUUCAGUAUUCUAAAAUAAUAAUAUGUGUGAAGUAAACAAAACGAUAACUUAUCGAAAAACAUGACUAUCUUAACAAAAGUGAAAUUUUCAUAGAAUGCGAAUUUUCUAUCAUUCAUCACUAUACUUUAAAGUUCAUUUUACACGUCAAAAGUUCAUAUAUGCUAAGAAAUCUCGUGCUGUAGUGUGAGAAAAGAGAGGCAUAUUUAUGGAAAAUGCGAGCACAUAGAUUACCAAAUAAUAAUAAGGAAGAAACAUACGAGUACUUUCGUUUGCUACGCUUGUUUCAUGGCUGUUUGAACGCUCCUUAUUUGACAAUGAACCAGCCCUGCGCAUUUAUCACGCCGCUGGAGUCGGCCGGAUAUUUCUCGUCUGUGUUGUUAUACUCUUAAGAAAACACUACUCAAAUCAUAUGUACAUGCAAAUUAAGUUAUCUCUUGCCAUUCAUGUUAAGAAAAUAGUGAUAAAGUUAUUGCAAGAUUCGAAGUCAUAAUCAGUAAUCAAGAAAGUAGAUUUAAUAUACGUUCACAUACAUGACACAUAUAUAGAUAUUUAAAGUAUGUUUGUGAUUGAGUGGUCACUUCUUACCUGGUGAGGACUAGAUCUCCCCUUUUGAACUAAUCCGGUUAGGUCGGUCAGUCAAACCAACAAAAGCAAAGCAAUACAAUUCAUCAGAGCAUCUUCCAUCCACUCUUAUAUUUACUUCUAUGAUAGCAUUUAUAAGUAAAUUACCUCAACUCAAUUCUAUUUCUAUUUAAUUCUCUACAAAUAUAAGAAAAAAUAGCAAUUCUCUACUUUUAUUCUAUAACUAAAAAUUCUUAUUUUAGAAAAUACAUUAGCGAACUCCACCUCUAUUAUAUAAUUCUUCUAUUCUGAAGAUAAAAAAUAGCAAAAUACAUUAUAAAUAGUUUUAGUAUUGUGUGUUUACUACUAUAUAGGCCUUGCCCCUGAUAAUCUAUCCACAAACAUAUUAAAAACGAAUUAUUUUACUUUAAACAGAUAUUCUCUCAAUUUUAUUUUACGCUUAAAAUUAAUUAGAAAAAUAUUUAUUUUUAUAAAAUUUAUUUUACAAAAAAAAUAUCAUUAAAAAAAUUAAUUCAACCGAUAAAAAAAUACAGUAUUAUGUAAUUGAUCACUAAUAUCAAAAAUAUAUUUAUUUUUUAUUUAGAAUAGUGAAAACAUCGCUUAAUUUUGUGUUGUAUUACUUUAGGCUAAAAUUAAAUAAAUAACGUAAUUAAACAAUCACAACAAAAGAUAAUUUACACAAAAAAUCAAUUUUAAUUUUGUUAUGCCACUAUUAGUACUAACGCACUAAUUAUAUAUAUUAAAGAUUACUUUAAUUUUAAAAUGUAUAUUCCUCAUAUCGAAUAAAUACUUUAAACUAGUAAGAAAUUUACUAAUGAAAGAAAGAUAUCUAAAUUUAAAAAGUCUUCUUCUUUUUUGUCACGUCUUUUAUUUUUUGUAUUUAUGUCACGUCCCUUUUAUUCCUGUAAUGGGAAAUAGAGAAGAAGAAUCGUCGCGUCUUCAUCCCAAACUUCCACUGUCACCUUCAUUCGACCCUUGUUUGUAUUUAAGACAUAUGAUGUUGUCUCCUCUAUAAAUAACACCCACGGUACUUCUGGUUGAUGAUUAGAACUAAUACGUACAUACACAUUUGUACAUACUAAGUACUAACCACACACAAAAUAUAUAUAACCUAUGAUAUAUUUAGGCAGAAUAGAUCCUCUGUUUUAUACAACAAUGACAAAAACACUUGAGAUUGACAUAAGAUCCGCAGAGGGGCUCAAGAUAAACCGGAGACUGAUCAAGAAGAAAAAGACUUUCGCCGUCGUAAAGAUCGGCGAGAAGUCUCGAUCUUCGGAUCUGGAUGACUCGGGAGGAAGCAAUCCAACGUGGAACUUCAAGUCGGAGAUGCCAAUGAAAGGGAGUGUACAGUUUAUCUCCAUUGAGGUAUUUUAUCGAACACGUUGUGGGCGUGAUAAGAAGAUCGGAGAAGCUCGGAUUCCAGCGACGGAUUUCAUGGGAAGGUAUUCACACGAAGGUCAUUUGAAUUUCUUGAGCUAUAGAUUAAGAGAUGAGUAUGGUGAUAAAUGUGGAAUCGUGAAUGUUUCGAUUGUGGUUAAACCCCAUUCCACAGAAACGACGAUGUUCAUGGCUUCUUCUUCUUCUUCUUCGUUUGAGACGCCGUCGAUUGAUGGGUAUCGUGGUCGGAUUGUAACUGGACUUCCCGUUUGGCGUGUGACAACAUAAACUCGUGUUUGGUCUCCACCAUUUGCGAUGAACACGCGCCGUAAUACUUCUUGUCCGACGAAGAAAGACUUAUUACAGGAGUAACUUUUUUGGUGUGUGUUUCAACGGCCGACAUAAAUUGGUGUUUGGCUUCACGUCUGUCCUAAGGAUUUUUCCAAUUCGGAAUUGAGGAAGAAAGAUGUGAUUAGUGGGUUUUUUUUAUCAAUACAAGAAAAAAAUGAGUUUUGUUGAAUGAAAUUGAUUACAAAGUUCAAAAUAAAGUCGAACUUGUAAUUGUGAUAUUUUAAGAACUUGUUCUGGAAAAGACAUGUUCAUCGUACAAGAGUUCUAAAAGUUAUUGGCACUUGCAUAGUUACAUUAUUUAUAACCCAAUAAUCACUUCACCACACAUGUAAACAUAUUAAUUUGUUUUCAACUGCAAAAUUAUACUCCCUCUAUUUCAAAAUACAUUAAAUUUUAAGAUUGUGCACAACUAUUAAAAAACUUGUUUUUUAUCUUAAAAAUAUCAUUAAAAUAUAAAUUAAAAGUUAUUUAAUCAAUCAUAAAAUAAACUACAAAAUAUUAUUGGUUACACCGUUUUUGAUAAAGUGAAAAAAUACAUUGAUAUAUGAAAACAUUAUCUAUUUUGAAACAUCAAAAACUCUCUAAAACAUCAUCUAUUUAAAAACAGAGAGAGUAUAUAUUUUUAAGUAUAAUAAUAUAUUAACCAAAGCUCAAGAAAAUGAUACGCAUUGACAGAGUGGGGAUCCAACGUCUAGCACAUAGAACGAUUAACCAGAUGCGUAUAUUAUUAGUUAAGAUGUGUAGACGUUUAUAAAUUAUAACCGUAUACUAAAUAUAUAUAAUCUUUGUUUAUCAAAAAUCAUUAUGCACAAAUGUGAAAUUUCUAUUAUUUUAUAUUUAUUUGAUUUUAUAUUAUAAGAUAUUAGUUAUUAUAUUUUAUGAAUAAUAAAUUAUAUUUAUACUAUUAAAAUGGAAUCAUUCACAAAAAUCUACUUAAACAAAGUUUUUGCAUCCUUUCAUUAAUUAUUAUUUUUGGUCUUACAAUAUAUGAUAUAUUAUCGUAGCUAUUUUUAUUUUAACUAUAGCACCUAAUGAUACAAUCUCUUAUAUAUUAAUUGAGACGCAUUACAAUAUUUUUUAUAGCCAUGUAUCAUCACUAGAAUGAUUCUUAGAAUCCUUAGAAAAAUAUGUUGGUUCAUCUAAAUAUAUAAUAAGUUUUUUAUUAAACUAGCUAUAAUUCAUUAUUAAUAUCCUUUAUUACUUUCUUAAAUAAAAAUUACGGAAUUGCUUAUUAUGGUUUAAGUAUAUAUGAAAAUAAAUAAUUUUGAAUAAUAAAGAUUUGAUAAAAAUUAAUGUAUCUUCUAUCAUUUUUUAAUUUUAAACUAUUAAAAUAAAUUUAAAAACUACAUUAACCAUAUAA